AUGUCAGCUCUUUAUCCACCUCUUCCUGCAAUUCCUUCCGCUCCUCAGGAGAAUUUAUUUGACGGAGAACCAUACAUUGUGAGAGAUGCGUUUGGACUAUACGAUUUCAUAUCUCAUUUUAAGGUCUUGGCCCGAAUUCCGGUAUCUCGACUUGAAGAGACCUUUCUCGCCAGGCUUUGGAAAGCUCUUCUUGUCGUUUUUCAUGUCUUCUGGCCGCCUCAUUUUUUCUUCGUGAUUCUUGCAAUUUGCCAAGUGAACUCAAAACGAAUGAGUCCUAUUUAUUGCUUUUCAUUGCAGGUUUCGGUGUUUAUCGGAUACUCCUGGAUCGAAGGAUCGACAAAGAAUUGCCCAGGGUGUUUUGAAAAUCGAAAAAUGGGAACAUCGGGGAUACUCAUCUUCGAUCCUCAAAAAGUGAACCAGUUGUGGAGAUUCGUCACUUACUCGUUAAUCCAUCUUAAGUACGUUGACUUCCGUUUCUUUCUUUUCAUUGAUAUCGCAACUUUCAGCCUCGGUCAUUUGCUGCGUAACGUCACGGUUCUGGUUAGUGUCGGAUAUCGGCUUGAGAUGACUUCCUCGUUUUCCAAAAUUGCUGCCCUUUACGGGUUAUCGGUCUUUACGGGAGCCGUUUUCCACUACAUCGUCAAUCCGUCUCAAAUGUUGCUUGGGUCGUCUGCAGGAUCGUUUGGAUUGGUGUUCGCUCAAAUCAGCAAUAUCAUUCUGGUACAUUUUUAUUUAAUUUUUGAUCGCGCUACGACAGCUUCUUGCAGAACUACUCGGAAAUCAAAGUGUCGCGCAUUGAAGCGUUUGGACUUCCGUUCAUCGUCGUCUCCGAUCUUCUCUGUAGCUUUUGGGAUCAGAUGAAGGCAAACGGCUGCGUUGAGGCUAAUAAUUCGGUAAUUGCUCAUGUUGGAGGAGCUCUAGGUGGUUUUUUGUUAGGAUUCUCUUUAAUAACUAAUAUCGAAGUAACCAAGUAUGAAUCAGUAGCCAUUAAAAUAACGUUUGCAUUUUAUUUUUUGCUUCUUUUCUUGUUGUAUUUUGUUCAUGUUGCUAGACCGUUAGAUUUUUUGUUUGAAUGUGAUAUAUAGUUUUCUUCUCUUUCAGUUUUCUGUUCAAUACAAAUGUGAGUACGAAUUGUAAGAGUUACUGAUUUUGUAUAAAUUUGCAUGCGCGCAGCGCAUGCCAUUUUACUCGACUCUGGGUUGAAGGAUACGUGUGGUUGGGUCGCAUUUGGUCACUAAAAUAAUGGGAAUGGCAUGGUAUGGCAAAUGGACCGAAGCGAGCGAAGCGAGCGAAGGUGAGUUUCUUUGCUGUUGGUGCUUUUAGCUUCAUGCGUUCGGGGUGCUUUGAGAAUUUCUUCACUGUUAGUGUUUUAGCUUCAUGUUUUCGGGGUGCUUUGAGCAUUUCAUAACUAUUGGUGCUUUUAGCUUAAUGCGUUUGGGGUGCUUUGAGAAUGUCAUCAUUGUUGGUACUUUUAGCUUCAUGCGUUUGGGGUGCUUUGAGAAUUUCUGCACUGUUGGUGCUUUCAGCUUCGUGCGUUUGGGGUGCUUUGAGAAUUUCUUUACUGUUAGUGCUUUUAGCUUCAUGUUUUCGCGGUGCUUUGAGCAUUUCAUAACUAUUGGUGCUUUUAGCUUCAUGCCUUUGGGGUGCUUUGAGAAAUUAAUCUCUCUUGUAGUACUGUAGUAAUGGGGUAAGACCAAAUAAGGCCCUUGUCUCACUCUGAAAGAGUGAGACAAAGCUAGAAAAGAAAGAAAGAGAGAGAGAGAGUGAGAGAAAGUGAGAAAAAAAAGAGAGAGAAUGAAAAAGAGAGAGAGAGAGAGAGAGACAAAACCAGAAAAGAGAGAAAGAGAGGUAAAGAAAGGGAGAGAGAGAGAUAGAAAAAGAAAAAGAGAGAAAGAAAAAGAGAGAAAGAGAGAGAGAAUGAGAGAGAAAGAGAGAGAAAGAGAGAGAAAGAAAGAGAGAAAGAAAGAAAGAAAGAAAGAAAGAGAGAGAGAGAGAGAGAGAGAGAGAGAGAGAGAGAGAGAGAGAGAAAGAGAAAGAGAGAAAGAGAAAGAAAGACAGAGAAAGAAAGAGAGAGAAAGAAAGAGAGAGAAAGAAAGAGAGAAAGAAAGAAAAAAAUGAGAGAAAGAGAAAUAGGAAGAGAAAGAAAGAGAGAGAAAGAAAGAGAGAAAGAAAGAAAGAGAGAAAGAAAGAAAAAAAAGUGAGAGAAAGAAAAAUAGAAAGCGAGAGAGAGAGAGAGAGAGAGAAAAAAAAAGAGAGAAAUGGAAAGAGAGAGAAAAAACAGAGAGAAAGAGAAAAAGGGAGAGAGAGAAAAUGAGAAAUAAGAGAGAAAGAAAAAGGGAAAGAGAGAGAAAGUGAGAAAAAAGAGAGACAGAAAGAGAGAGAGAGAGAGAGAGAGAGAGAGAGAAAGGGAAAGAGAGAAAGAGAAAAAGAAAGAAAGAAACAAAAGUGAGAGAAAGAGAAAUAGAAAGAAAAAGAGAUAGAGAGAGCGAGAGAGAGAGAGAGAGAGAGAGAGAGAGAGAGAGAGAGAGAGAGAGAGAGAGAGAGAGAGAGAGAGAGAGAGAGAAAGAGAAAAAGGGGGGAGAGAGAAAGUGAGAAAUAAGAGAGAAAGAAAAAGGGAGAGAGAGAAAAUGAGAAAAAAGAGAGACAGAAAGAGAGAGAGAGAGAGAAGUAAAGAGAGAAAGAAAAAAAGAAAAAAAAGUGAGAGAAAGAGAAAUAGAAAGAGAGAGAGAAAGAGAGAGAAAGAGAGAGAAACAAGAGAAAUAGAAAGAGAGAGAAAGAGAGAGAAACAAGAGAAAUAGAAAGAGAGAGAAAAAGGAGAGCAAGGAAGCCUGCGUCUAGGGCUAACCUGAUCAGUAAAAAAUUGACCCCGGACCGUUUUUUACGCCCCGAAACGACCGGAAAAAGACAUCGAUUCGGGAAUACGAAACAUGACACUGGAUCGAAAUUUUAUGUUCAGACAAACUUGUUGUACCACCCGACGAAAAACGAGUACUACUUCUUCGUAGUUUUUCUGUAUCCACAAGCCGAGACGCGAAUUUUGGUCUGUGUGCCCUCAGUGACAUUCCGAUGGGCUCUAUCCUUUCAAUAUUGCUGCUCUUUUUACCGCCGCCAAACGGUCGGAAAAAUACAUUCUUCUCUGCCCACACUUCACUGAGCAGUUGUUUCGCGAGACCCUGACUACUGUAGUCCUCAAAAAUUGACCCUACUGGUCUAAACGUUAGACAUUUUCGGGCUCUUCCUACUCCGGGCAAGCAGUAUCGAAUACGACCCCAUAAGAGAGUCGGCAGAACGACCCCGGGUGGAAAUGAGUGUGUUGACUUAAUUGAUGCAACUCUGCUCUGCUGAACUCUCUUCGAGACCCAAUCUACAGUAGUCCCCUGAAAUUCGAAAUUGUGGCCUAAAGGUGAGGCUUUUCAAAUUUUUCGGGCUCUUCCUUCUCCGGUCAAACAGUAUCGAAUACGACCCCUAAUAGUGUUGUGAAAACGACCCCGGGUGGAAAUGAGUGUGUCGAUGCAAAUCUGCUCUGCUGAACUCUCUUCGAGACCCAAUCUACAGUAGUCCCCUGAAAUUCGAAAUUGUGGCCUAAAGGUGAGGCAAACUCUCCUCGACGGCCAGUCUCAUUUUUUUCUUUGUUUCUAUGUUCUAGUUCUCCCGGCCGCCCUUUUAGACGACCCUUCUCGGUUUUUUGGAAACGACCCUUCCCGGUUUUUUGGAAACGACCCCUUAUUGUCUUACUGUUACAUACAAGGAAGCUUACAAUUUGAAAUUGACCCCGGGUCGAUUUCAAAAAAGGUAGACGGUAUAUCCAUAAAAAAGUUGACCCGUUCUUUUGUAGACUCGAGCAAAUACUAAAUUUUUGCGUUUUUCAGAUGGAUCCUGGAGAACCAACGACAUCUAAGAAGAAAACGGCAAAACGAAAGUCGAGUGAGACUACGGAAACAAGUUCAACGUUGACUCGUUCGGAUAGUGAUGAUGAUCUCAUUAUAGUAAAACACAGUAAUUGGACCAAAAAAGCUAAAAGCAAGUUUUAUAACGACCCGGGGUCGUUAAUACAUAUUUUGUACAUCAAAUAUCACUCAGGUAUCCAAAACAACUCUGGGAGUUUGAUUCAGAACGAACAGCAAAAAAGUAAGCACAUCAAUCCUGCAAGUAAGUGAAACCAAUCUAAUUAUGUAGAAUAGUAGCAUCCCCGUGCGUGCUUUAGUGUCCAUAAUGCUUGGACUACCUGACGUCAAAAAGUUCAUCGAAUCAUGUUCUACACUCAAUGAACAAAACACAGUUAAUGGGGCAACUUCUUGUCGUACUGUGGAUGAUCAAAGAGAUAAAAAUGUUGAGGUACGGUGAGAAUUUAAGAUGGACCUCCACACACACCUUUUCUGUUUUUACAGACUUUUUUGCAUUUUUUCCGAACGACGGUUGAGUCGAGAAAAAAUGAUUCUAACGAUGACAUUCCACCUCAAUGCUUACCAGUAUGUUGAGCUCAAAUAGGUGCAAUUGGAUGAAACGUAUUUACAGGAUCUCACAAAGUUUGAACAAUUCUUUCGUAAACAAAUAGACGCUGGUUUCGUAUCACAACAUCUGCGAAUAGGAAACGUUUCAAUCAGUACUAUUCGAAGAGCAGCCGCCUCCGCUGUUUUAUUUCUUUGCUUCGCGAAGUUGAAUAGCUUUUGCACACCUGAUUCGCGGACAAUUGAAGAAGACUCACUUACACUGUUUAAGGCUUUGAGUCAUGCAGAAAAAGCCAACGUUGUAGUGAAAUUCAUACUAUGGUAUGAGCAAAUUCCGCCCUGUCGAAUCUUUGCUUCGAAAGUGCUCGCUUCAAAGUUUACCCAGUGUGAGGUUUUUUCUUUUUUUGAAGAUGACAAAUGUUCACCGAGUUAAAACCUAGAUAGCUAGGGGACAAAACGAAACUACCUUGUUGUAAUCGUAACGACCCCGGGUCGUUUUGUUUUGUACUUGACUGUUGAUUUUGCAGGUCGUAUUGAAACCAAAGAAGCAGGCACAUUGUCAACUGUCGUUCGAGGACUUUUGGCAUACUUAACCUAUGUAGGUGGAGUUAGCCCCAGCACUUGUAAAACCCCAACUGAUGAGUCAAAAUUAAUUUGGAUGAGUGUAAAGUGAGUAGCUAGAAAAUAAUCUCAAACACUUUUGUGGAUUUCAGAGAGGCAUUGAAGGGUUGUGAGAAACGAAAAGGCGGAUCUCUCAAUCUAAGUCAAUACUCAAUGAGCUCCGUUGAUUUGGUAAAAAUGAUGCAAAGGGCUGGCUCCGUCACAACCAUGUUUGGCGUUCAAGCUUACAUGCUAGCAUUGUUUCUUGUCGGGUUUGGUCUAAGAGUAGGUAGCAUCCGGAAUCAAUGGAAUCCGGGUAAGCUCAGCUGGAAUUAGCAAUAGCGAUGACUACACAUAUACUCUCUGUUUUACAGAAUUUAUGAAAGAGAUCAAUGAUAUGUCCGAGUCGGAAGAUAGUGCGGAUGAGACGGAGGAUAGUGCAGAUGAGUUUGACGACAAUAGGUCUGUAGUGGACGAUGAUGAAGCUGUGAAGACUAGAAGUUUGAAUGUCGACUUUGACACUUUAAAUGCUAAAGAUGCCGUUAUUUAUCGCGAGCCACGUAAGCACGACGAUCCGCCGUCGACUGUUCGUCUGAGGGUCGAGCUAUACGUUUCAUCUUCAAAGACACAUGGACAAAAAAUGUACACUCCUCAACUCCAGGGAUUCAGCUAUCCACAAAUUCUGUCCGAUGGUACAUGUGACUGGUCCCCAAAUGCAGCUAUUGCACUGGCAGCACUUUCCGUUAUGGUAGGCUCCACUGAUGCUCAAAAAAUCACCAGUAAUGAAUUCGAGCCCGAAUACGGUACAGACCUUAGGAUUUCAACAAAUUCAGUAUCUAUUGGGCAAGGGAUAUCACGUUGUCUGCCUGAAGUAGACGCCGAGUUUUUGCAGUAAACGACCAUUAUUCCGAGCAUGUAACCGUCAUGGACAAACGACGGGCUUCCCUAUGAGAAACGUAAGGAGUGCUUUGACGUUUGUCGCGGAUACUCUCCAGUUGCCUGCUUCAUUGUUUACGUCGCGCUCCUACAGGUACAAACUGGUCGACUUGUAAAUAUGUAAAUGAUUAGGAUGAAAUGACAAAAAACGACCCGGGGUCGAUAUAUCACCGGACAAUAGAUAAAUUACAGAUGUGGUUUUGCUAAAGACAUCAUUACAUCGGCCGUUCUACGUGGAGAUGAACAUCAAAUUUUCACAAUUGAAGACGCAAAGCAGUGUUUGUUCACCAGCGCAAGAUGGAGAUCUACUCAAGCGGAAAAAUACAUUUCGUGAGCAUAUCUUUAUUACGUAAAGAUUAACCAAGCCGUUGUUUUUUGAGGCGUUUAACUGCAAGUGUUGUGUCUCGUGCCGUUUCGGAUGGAAUUAGUGUUAUAGAUUGGCGAACUGCCGUAUUCCAAACUUCUGUUCUUGCUAAAUACAAUUACACCCACUUGAACAUGUCGGAAUUGCAUGAUUAUGUUGUGAACAAUUCGGAGGUAACUGUUGCGCACCACAAGUCAAGACUAGCUGAUAUUUUUCAACUUUUAAGAAUAAACAAGAUGCUGAGGGGCACUGGAAAAACAUGCCAAAAAGUCAGAAAAGACAUUUAUUGGAUGUUACAAAUGGUUUCAACUUUUCCAAGGCUCCUACUAAGUGUCUAUCUCCUGAAGAGCAAUGUACAUUUUUGAGACAUCGUCCUGUGCUAAAUGUUCUAGAAACAUUUCAUCAGAUUCACCGUUUUAUUCAAGGAGAGCACUGCUACGAGGCUUUUGCUGGCUACGGCAGGUUUGUACAAAAAUAUGGUUCUUUCCCCCCCCAUCAUCCUUUGUCUUCUUUUGCAAAGUUGCCAAAGGCAUUCCCAACCCCAGUUUCUUGGUGAGUCGCGCGCAGAGGGUGCAAAGACGCUCUACCGCACUCCACGUGUUUGAAAACACACGCGUGACUGUUUGAGGUUUUUAGAAGUCAGCUUUUAAGUUAGACUCGUGUUAAUCGUCAACCGAUUGUGCUUUUAUCUGGUUUUUCUUUAUCUGAUUCCUUUUUCUGGCUCGCAGAGCAUUAAAUUGUCCGUUAUCUGAUAUUUCCGUGCGUGCGUAGUGUUGCUUGUUUUCUUGUUUGGACCCGACACCCCUUUUUACAAGUGGGCUACUGCAACAAUACAAAAGCAUAAAAAAGACCCCGGGUCGUUUUGAACUUUCGGGCCGACUAGUCCUGUGUUUGAAAUCAAUCUCAUUUUCAGGGGACAAUGUGGACCUCCGUACCGGUGCCCAGUGAUCUCUUGUAAAACAAUUCUUCAUUCAACUAUUGAUUCAUCUAUCAAACACUGGAACGAAGUGCACGAGAAAAAGAAACAGAAGCACCAGUAUUUGUGUUCUCAAUGCGAUGAUUGUGGAAUUAGCAAGUAAGAAACAUGAAGAUACACAGAUAUUGUGAAAACUCUUGAUUUACAGCCACACGAACUAUCUCCGACAUCAGAGGAAACACCAUCGAAAACCAACCGUCGAAUUCAGAUGGCAAUUUUUAGGAGAUUCAUGA